AUGGCUCGAGGAGACGAUGCCGCCGCCUGCCGCUGCAGUCUCUCCCUGCUGCCUCCACGCUUCUUCCUCCUCGUCCUCGUCGCCACCCUCACCGUGGUUUUGGUGGCAGCGCCGCCGUCUGCGAGGGCGGCCUGGGUGGAGGAUUACCCUUCGGGAGUGCCGUGCGGCGUGACGAUUCCGGUAGAGCAGUGCGACCCGGGCGACGCGGCCGCCAACAGCGCCUGCAUGGACGUGUGCCACUACGGCGGGUGCAGGCGCGGCGGCCGCUGCGUCUCCCUCGGCUUCGCCAGGGGCCGCGGCUGCCAUUGCAAGUGCUAG